AAGCCACAAUCUGACUCCAGGUAACAUCAUCAUCAUCAUCAUCAUCAUCAUCAUCAUCAUCAUCUGAACAACAUCUGAGCAUUAAUGGAUGUGAAGCCACAAUCUGACUCCAGUUUGGACAAAGGAUAGAAAACCUGAAAACCUGAAAAGUGAUCAAAACAAGAGAUUGAGCAGUGCCGACUCUCAACACUUUCACAUCACCACAGAACACAACAUCACCAACAACCAAUCAGACAUCACGACACAACACAACAUCACCAACAACCAAUCAGACAUCAUGACAGACUGCAACAUCACCAACAACCAAUCAGACAUCAUGACAGACUACAACAUCACCAACAACCAAUCAGAUCGGUCCAAUGAUUCACAUUCGUCAAAGGAAUUAUUUGGAUUAGAGAGACAAGAGAUGGAGUUAUCUUGGAGUUUUUGGCACAAAAAGUCAUUUGCUCGUUCAGUGUUCGUCUGGACUCUUUCAGUGGUUGAGAUUCCGAUCAUGCUCUUAACUCUGUAUGCGAUGUGUUUUCUCAUCAAGUCUCGUCGAGCUGCUUCAGUUUUUGUGAUUCAUUUGAUUCUUUCAGAUCUCAUACAGAUGAUUUGUCUCAUAUUAUUGACACGGGACCGGACGCUGAUGUUGUUGUCUGCACAUGGAUAUUCUGUGACUGUGGGAGUGUAUUUGAUGGCAUGUGUGGCGUUUGAAAGAUAUCUUUUGGUGUCUCAUCCUAUCUGGUUCAAAACUCACCAGACACUGAAAUCCUCCUGUUUGAUUUCUCUCCUCAUCUGGUUUGUGCCUCUGAUCUUUGCGACAAUAAGACCACCUCAUCUGUAUUUUCAUUAUCUCUGGUGGUCUGUAGCGACGUUGAUUCCCUAUCCAGUGAUCAUUCUGUGUUUUGUUGGUACAUGGAGGGGUCUUUCUCACGCCAUAUCACUGACGUCUCACAAACGCAGAAUGAUUUUGGGCACUUUGUUCCUCGUGCUGCUCAGUUACACGUUUAUCAUCCUCCCGAUCUCAGUUGUGUGUUUUCUUAUUCAAAUCACUCAUUAUGAGUUUAGGCGGACUUUGUCAUUUCUAAAAGUCUAUAGAUUUGCUGAAUGUCUGCUGUAUCUGAAUCCUCUGGCUGACUGUUUAUUGUAUUUGUUCAUGAGGACUGAUGCUGCUGAUGUAUUGCCGUCUCUUCACUGCUGUCGUAGAUCAGACACACAUCAGAUUUCUGUACGAUACACAACCAGAACAACACAACCAUCAUCAUAAUGGACAGUAGACUCACGGCUGUGUCAAGUGUUUUCAUGUGAUUCUCACUUGUCUGUGUAUCUUCAUGUCUAUUUGUGUAUAUUUGACAGACUUUUGUGUAUUUAUCUGCAGUAGUAAGUGUUUGUAGAUGCAUGAUUAAAAUACUGUAUUAAGCGACACUAUAACAACACAUCAUCAGAAUAGUAGUUUGACAGGUUGAACUGUAGAAAAGAAGAAGAAACAGAUUUUAGGAGUCUAGACUCACAGUUAUUUCACACAGAGACACUGAAGUAUUUCUAUAUGACUGUCUGUAAUGUAUACACAUGUACAAUAAAA